CAGAGAUAGCUAAAGAUGAUGCAAUAUAUAGACCUAGAAUAAUAGUGAUCACAACUAGACGAAAAAAACAAUGAAAGAAAUAAAAUAGACGAAAAAGAAAAAGAAAAUAGAGAGACGAAAAAGUGUACCACACUCAGUGUAAUACUAAAAGAUCACGCGCACACACAUGUGAACAGAGGUAAGACAAAAAAUAGAAAACUAAGUGCUAAGAAUUUCUCUAAUCCACGUCUAAUUCACAGUCAAAAUGGCGAAAGUACAGUGGACAUUCGCCAAUUGACGAAAUUCCAGGAGGUAUAUUGGCGAAAGUCUUAUUUGGCGAGAUUCCGGAACCCCCUUUCAAGCCGUCAUAUUUCAUAUCCUAGUUCAAUCGCGUUUUGGUCGAAAAUAAAAAGGAUUUUUAAACCCGUUUCAUCGUCAUUUCAGGCGUUUACGUCAUCUGGCGAAACGGUUAGGGAAGCAAGUAGAAUGGCAGAACAUUGCUGCAGAUCACUAUGAAAAACUAUUCGAUGAACCCACGGUAACUAGGCGUCAUCCAUAUAUGGACGCGCCGUGGGAGGAUCGGGAAAAGUUUGAAGAGGUUUGUACAGGUGAUAGAAAGAAAUAG